AUGUCGUCCGAGAACUUAUUCCCCCGGCCGCCAUACGACGUCCAACUGAUCCCGGCCCUGGACCGCAUGACAGCUUACCCACGAUCAAGGGAUGGCAUAGUCCAUGGGCGACAACUACGAGCCACGGCAAUGGCACCAAUGCAAGCAGCAGUACGAAACGACGAAGGGUUACUGGUAGAGGACCGCAAAAUAGCCGGACCGGACGGGGAGAUUCCCAUUGUCAUCCUACAGCCCCGGAACCCGAAGACGGCGAGUAGCAAACGUCCAGGUAUCGUGUUCUACCAUGGCGGUGGCAUGGUCCUCGGCGACGCCUUCCUUGGGAUUCAGCCGUUCGCGCGCAUGGCAAAGGACUUUGAUGCCGUCGUCGUGAGCGUGGAGUACCGCCUGGCACCAGAGCAUCCGGCGCCCGCGCCGCAGGACGACUGCUACGCGGGUCUUCUCUGGACAAGUGAGCAUGCGCAGGAGCUGGGCAUCGACCCCGCGCAUCUCAUGAUCGCGGGCGUCUCCGCCGGCGGCGGUCUCGCGGCUGGAGCGGCACUGAGGGCGAGGGACACGGGAGGGCCGAAGCUCUGCGCACAGCUGCUCGUAUAUCCCAUGCUCGACGACAGGGACACCGGAAUCUCUAAGAAGCAGUUCAGAAACGAUACUUGCUUUGAUGCGCUGGAUAACAACGCUGCAUGGGGUUGCGUCUUGGGAGACAAGGCGGGCGUGGAGGACGCGGACGUGAGUCCCUAUGUUGCGCCGGGCAGAGCAAAGGACCUGUCCGGACUGCCGCCGGCGUACAUCGACGUGGGGACCGCAGAGCCGUUCAGGGAUGAAAACGUAGCGUAUGCUACGAAGCUAUGGGAUAGCGGCGUGCAGGCGGAUCUGCAUGUCUGGAGUGGUGGAUUCCACGGGUUCGACCUACUGGGCCUCGCUGUAGGGUCAGAUGUUGCCAAGGCUGCUCUCGAGACGAGAAUGGGAUGGGCCAGGAGACUGUUUGGUACGCAGUAG